AGCAAAAUACUUUACGAUUCAAAACGUGCGAAGAGAAUCAAAACAAAAAUUAAUUUCAGUGGAUAUUUAACAGUCACAAAACAAACAUAAUACUAAAAGUUAUGGAUUCUUAUGAAUAUUAUUUGUUAUAUCAUGAGGACAAAAACAAAUUCAUUAAACUAUUUAAUGGAAGUAAUCAAGAAAUAUUAAUUGCAUUUAUUAAGUUGUAUGAGAAUGGAAAGAUUAAGGAAGAUGGAAAUGAAUUUUUCAAUAAACUUUUGAUAUUGAUUGAAAAUGAUGAUGUAUCUAAUUUCAUGUUCGAUGAAAUUCUGCAGCAACUUAUUACUAUAAAUUUGUUUGAAUCAUCAAAACAUUAUCUUAUUGAUAAUGAGGUCACGUUAGCCAAGUUAAGAAUUUCCAAAGUUCUUGUGGAUUUUGGAUUAAACAACAAUUAUUCCGGAUACGAAUUUCAACAAUUUUGUCAGAUAUUAGUGGAUUUCAUAUUCAAAGAAUCAUCUUUGCGGUACUAUGCUAUUGGAAUAUUAUGUCAAGUUUUGAAAAAAGACAAAAUGCUUAAGGACUUUAUUUUGUCUUCAAUAUAUAAACGAUCAUUGCAACUUCAUAAUGCAAUAAGUACACAAAAUCUUUGUUAUUUCUUUAAACAUUUGUGCCAGAAUGGAUUGAAAGUUGAAGAACUAGAUUUUAUUGAGAAAUAUUUUAAUGAUGAAACAAUUUUGGCUAGAAAACAAGGAACAUUUCUGCUUAAAUGUUUGUUAGAUCAUAAUUUAUUGUGUGAAAGCAAUGAUGCAAACUGGAGAAAAUUUAUUACUAUUAUGGAGACUUUGGAGGAAAAUCAAAGCCACUUGAUACUUCCAUCUCUAGAUUUAUUACAUGAAAUGAAAAUCAAUGAAAAUUUUAAAACCUUUUGGUUCAUAUUGUGUACUAUGGUGAUUAAUCAUGAAAAUAGCUUAGUUAAAAGCUAUGGAUUAAAAUACAUUUUUGGAAUGAGGGAAAUAAAGUUUAAAAAGCAACAGGUGCUUAAAAUUUUAGAAGCUGUGAACGUCACAUAUCUUUUUGAUUCGCGAGAGGAAAAAUUUCUUAAGGAAAUCCAAAAAUUUGUGGAAAAUAAUUCGGAGAUAAUUUUUGAACUCCUUAUUGAAAUCAACUGGUUUUCUGUACCAUUUUACUACAUUCUUGAAAGUUUGAAAUCUAUGAAAAUACCUGAUAAAUAUAAUAAAGAUUUUCUGGCUUGUUUUGAGAAGCAAACUGAAUUGAUACCCAAGCGAAUAAGGAACAUUAAAAUACGUGGAAUAGUAAAAAUAUUUUACUCAAAUUUACUUAAAAAGGUAAUAACUUCAGUUGGAAUUCAUCAAGUUCUACGUACAUUUAAGAAUAUAUUUCAUAUUAAUCAAAACCACGAUUGUAUGAAGGAAUGUAUAAAUAACAUUACAGAAGAAGAUUAUGCCUUAAUUUUCUCGAAAGAAGUCGACUAUGAAUUUGUGAAAUACAUAUUACUUAAAACGCACAUGGGAAAAACAAUUGAUGAGGUAAAGGAUUGUGUCAAACAUAUAAAAGAAAGUCAAAAAUUAGUGAUCGAAGUUAUGCUUGAUAUGUAUGAAUCAAUGGAUAUUUAUGAAGAUGUACCAAGCAUAAUAGUCAAUGAAAUGAUUAAAUUAAUCUGGGAGCAGUUAACAGAUCAAAAGCAUGAGGGCAUUGAAAAUGCAUUAAACCUUUUGGAAUUGAGUUUGAAAACUGCAAAAAAUAAUCUUGAAAAUGAAGCAAUAGAACACAUUACUGAAAUUUGGACACGAAUUAAUUCAAUAUUUCUUCAUGAUAAAAGUUUUGAAUAUCCUUAUUUAAAAUCUACGAAUAUUAUUUUGAAACAUAAUCAGAAUUUUGAUUCUAAACUCGUAGAAAAUGAAUAUUUUUCAUCUACAUUUACAUCGCAGUUCCUGAUCCUUCAAACAAUUGGUCAAGCAUUAAUUAUCAAAAAUCUAUUUAUAAAUAGUUUACAUCCAAGUUUACAAUUCAUUCAACGUGUUUUGGAAAAUAUUGAGAUAUUAUUAGAUAGAUCUUCAUCAGAGAGCGAUGUUAUGGAUGUUUACGAAAUAUUAAAAAUCGCUACGUUGAGUACAUCAAAAGAAGCACAUGCAAUCAUUUCAGAUAAACUCAAAAAUAUUUUCAAUAAUUUUCUUCAAACUUCAUGUAAUAUUAUUAGUUUAUCAACAAGCUUUUGGAGAAGUUUCAUUAAGUUUAUCUGGGAAUCAAUCGAAAACUUUGAGUUUUCAAUUUCAUGGAUGGAAGCAGUUGAAGAAAUUUUCAGAACUUUCAUGGAUCGUACGAAUGAGAAUGAUAGAUUUGCAUUACUAUUAGCCAUGCAUGAUUUCUUUAAUGAACAUUGUACGGCACUGGUUACAAAUAAUGUCUUAAAUUAUUUCAAGACUUGUUUAAUAGAAGCAAUGUUUGAAGUGAAGGUGAUGACACGAGAUGAGCAAAUCGAAAAUGAGCUCGUGUAUGGAUUUGAUGAAGAAACAAAACAAAAAGUAAAGUUUCGACUAAGUGUUGCAAAACUUUUGUUGAAAUUGUAUGGAGAAGAAAUGUUCUCUAAAAUAGUCGGAGAAAAAAUAGUACAACUUUCAGUCAUUAGCAAAAAGAAAAUAAGAUAUUAUCCUAAUUCAAAUAUUCAUAGACUUAAACUGCACCAUUUUCAACCAUUAUUUUUCUGCAAGAACAUUAGUAAUGAAAUAAUUGAUUUAUUAAUUUUUGAAUUAUUAAGAGUAAACAAUCAGCUUAAUGUGAUAUACAUUCUUGAAAUAAUUCUUGCUUCUCAUAUACCUGACAUUGUUGACUUAUUAAAUCGUGAUUUAAAUUCUCAGGCCCUAAAAUCUAUUUUUUCUAUUUCAAUCAUCCAAAUGAAAAUGGAAACUGAUUUUAAAAAAGCUGAAAAAAGACUGGAUUCGAUGUUUAAAAGUAUUCUUCCUUUCUCAAUGGGACAAAAUUUUGGAGUAAGGAUUUAUUCCUUACUUACUAUUAUUCUAUCAUAUGCGCAUAUUAAAACAUUACCUAACUUCACUGAAACUUCUACUACAUCAAAAAUGUUUGAAAUUUGUAAAGUUAUUCAGGAAAGUGUGAAGCAAAAAAACUGUUUAAAAUAUUUCAAUGCUCUUAAGAAUGAUUUUAGAUUUUCAAAUGAUUACAUAAAGUUGAACAGAUAUCAAGUUUUUUAUCAGGAUAUUCCAAAAGCUACUAACAUGCCUUUUGAAGAAAUAAUUGUGGAUAAAAAUGAAGAUUUUGAAAGUUUUUUUGCUGCUGAUAUGUUAAAAGAAGGUGAUUGUAUUGUCAUGGCAGAUGAAAUUGAAAUUGGAUUGGAUAGACAUGUUAACAGUGGUAUCGUUAACUUACAAAAAAAAUAUUUGCCAUUUAAAAAUCAAGGUCCCGAAGAAAAUUUAUUAAGGACUGUUCCUGAUAGAUUUAAAUCUUUUGAUGCAGACGAGGCAUGUUUGAAACCGACAUCAGAGUUAAUUGUUGUUGCAUCUCUUAUCGAUAAUAAUACAAAUUUGGGUGGAUUAGCAAGAACAUGCGAAAUUUUUGGAAUAUCGACAUAUGUCAUGCAUUCCUUAAAAUCACAAGAAAACUUUGAAUUCAAGAGUCUGAGUAGAACAUCUGAAAAAUGGAUUCAAAUAUCAGAAAUUAAAAAUUGGCAACUUUUUGACUACCUAAUUGCAAUGAAACAAACAGGAUAUACUAUAGUAGGAGCUGAGCAAAGUGGAAAUAGUGUAUCGUUAGUAGAUGUUAAAAUGCCAAGGAAAUGUGUUCUCCUCCUAGGCAAUGAAAAGAGAGGAAUUCCUGCAGAUUUACUUGGACUUCUGGAUUUGAUAAUAGAAAUUCCUCAGUCUGGAGUUGUCCGUUCUUUGAAUGUUCAUGUUGCUGGUGCUAUUAUGAUAUGGGAAUACAUAAAACAACAUUCAUUUAAAUAGACAAUCCUAUAGAUAAAUAUUUUUUUUUGAUCAGACCCUUGCAUUUUAUUCUGCAUAUGCUUUACACAAAAAAAUUUGUUUUUCUUUUAAAAAAUAGUAUCAAAAGCACGUUAAAUAAGCACGUUUAAACAUCUUUUAAAGCACGUUUUGUAAAACAAAUGUAACAAGUUUCAUGACCGAGUUUACAUUUUCACAAGGGCUGAAAAGCUCAGGAUAAUUUUCAGAACUUUGUAUAGAAAAUCACGUAGAAUCAUUUUUGUUUAUUUUUUUGUUAAUUUAAUUCUAUUCACACAAAUAAAGUGAUAUUUCAUUUUUACUCAAGCUAGGAUUGGAAAUGAAAAUAAUUUCAGGAAGUUUAAUUAAAGUUCAAAAAAUGAAAAAAAAAGCUUUUGUAUUUUGAAAAAUAUUAAAAGUUAAUUUUGCAAAAUUAGAAUGGAACUGAUCAUAGUGAAAAAAUGAAAAUAGUUUUCUUCAAGAAUGAAUUGAAAUAAAAAAUAAACUCUCUUUGUGAUUUUGGAAUCCUCUCUGAGGAAAAUUAUAUAAAUUGUUGGAUAAUUGAAGAAAAAUAUAAGAAAUAAAUUUGACAAAACUUUAAUCUUUGAAUAUUCAACUAAUAAUAUUCAUCAAAGAUGAUUAUGAUAGCGGGUGUAGAUUCUUAUGUUUCUUUAGAAACAACUGUUGGUGCAGGAUUAGGGAUGUGCGUCCUAGUCGUCAUCUUUUUCCUUUAUAUAAACCGAAAAUGGUGUUUUAAUAAUUCUACUAUUUUACCUUGUUGCGAUGAAAAAACGCUAUCAACGAAAACAAUUUAUAAUUUAAGAAGUAAACGUUAUCCUUACCAUGAUAAUUCAAGUUCUGAUUCAGAAGAUGAAAUACUUAGACGCUUAAAAUUGCAACAAUCAACAAGUUUGACUAGUGAAUCUAAUUUAUUUAAGUGUGCUGAGUAUGGAGGACUUAUUAGUGAUUCAAAUAAGCAGUCAAUAAAUUUAGAAGGGUUUCAACCAAUUUUAACAUUAGAUAUGUUAUCUACUUCAAAAUCAAUCAAGCAUAUUAACACGUUAAAAAAUAAUAAUUUCUACAAUAAUAAUAUUAAUAAUAAUAACAACAUUCGACAUAGUAAUAAGAACCAAAAUCGUGAUUUACUCGGCCAAGCAGAAAGAGGGAAAAUUGGUACUCAUACAAGCAGCGAGUGUAGUUCAAAUAGUUCAGUAGAAGCUUCAGUUGACAGUAAUGUUGGACUUAUAAGUCAUGAGAAAAAAGAUCGACGUCAAGUUAAUUCAGUAUUUUCGUCUAAUCAGAAUGAUGAAAGAAGUAAAAUCUCAAGACUCAAUUCCUUGGAUCAUGAUAGUUUAGAAAAUAUGCCUGACAUUAGGAGCAUCAAUCAAGAUUGCAUUGUUGAUGUCAUGCAGGAGCCGCUUUUUGAUAAUUGUGAAACAAAAUCAAUAAAAUCUGAGUUUGAUUUAAAUUUACAAAGUCCAACAGCAUCGUUGUUAGAACGAGGUGGAACUUUUAUUGAAAUAGCUCUUUUAUACGAUGCACCAAUGCGUAAAAUGACUGUUCACGUUCUUCAAUGUCGUGGUAUUCCAACAAGAGACAAAUCCACUACUCACUCACAAGUUAGAUUACUAAUGUUGCCUAGUAAAAAACAGAAGCACAAAACAAAAAUUCGAUGUGGCGAAAAUCCCCAAUUUAUGGAGAGCUUUUUACUUCAUCGUGUUAAUCCAGAAGAAGUCAAUUCAAUGGCAUUGCGUGUUCGAGUCUAUGGAUGCGAAAGAAUGAGACGGGAACGAUUAAUUGGAGAAACAAUCAUUAGCUUUGCAUCAAUCGAUUUAGAAUUAGAAUCAAAUUUAUGGCUUCUUUUAGAAUCAAGGAACAAUUCCGUUCUGAGUAGUUCAACAAGUGAUUUAUUGAGUUUAGCACGAUCUGAUAGUACAGGAUCAACGAUUUCAAUGCAACAACAUGGUGGUGGAGUUCCAGAAUUAUUAUUAGCUUUAGGAUAUAAUGGAACAACAGGUCGAUUAACUGCAGAAAUUGUAAAAGGAAGUCAUUUUCGAAAUUUGGCUAUUGGAAAAGCACCCGAUACCUAUGUGAAAUUGUGUUUAGUAAGUAGUAUGGGACAAGAAAUGGCAAAAGCUAAAACUUCUACUAAGAGAGGACAACCAAAUCCUUUAUUCAAAGAAACAUUUGUUUUUCAAGUUGCACUUUUCCAAUUGAAUGAUGUCACUUUAAUGAUUUCGGUAUAUUCUAAGAAAAAUGUGAAAAGAAAUGAGAUGGUUGGCUGGUUUUCUCUAGGACUUAAUUCAAGUGGACCAGAAGAAGCUCAACAUUUUAACGAUAUGAGAGAUGCUGCUAACAUUAACGGACAAGUAGGAAAAUGUGAUUUAAUCUCCAGGUGGCAUGUCCUUGUGGAUUCCUGAUUCAACUAGCAGGGCGAAAUGCCCAGAAGAAGUAGUAUAUCGCAAUUUAUGAAAUUACUUUCAAAGGAUAACAGUGGAACAGGAACAAAGAAAACUGAUUCUUGUACGGUAGAUAUAUGUGAGUUACCAACAGAUGAUCUCAAUUUUGUAUAACUCUUUUUUAAAUGUAUGAGCACUAAGUGCAGAAAUAUUGUAACUGACGUAUAAGAAACUUCUCUACUGGAAAAAAAAUAUUAAGUUUUAUUCCACAUUGAUGCUUUCAUUAAAUGCGCAGUAAAUAUCGUGUGACAUUUAAUCUUGUUCGCAAAAUGAUAUUAUCUUAGAUGCAAAUUUUCAGGAAUUGGAUAAAAUCAGAAUAUAAAGGCAAUUAUAUUUAAAAAUCAAUUAAAAAUAUGAUAGAGUUUUUUAAAAAAUUCUUCAUUCUCGAAGAUUUGCCAACAAAAUUUUUAAAUUUGUCCUAAAAUUGAUUAAAAGUUUUAAGCAUUUUCAAAUUUUACUGCAAAAAGUAAAUGUUGCUGAAAACAGGUUAAAAGUUUUUAAAAUAAAUAUAUAAUAUAUUUUGAAAGCUUAGAUGUAUUUUUGGUAAACAUUUUGUAUUAACUACUUUCAAAAUAUAUUUUAUUACACACUUUGGAAAAAUAUUUAUUUUUUUUGGAAAUACAACAAGUUUGUAUACGUAUUAGCACAAAUAUUCAGUAUUUUCUAGUUUAACUGAGCUAAGA